AUGACUGAAGACUCUCAGAGAAACUUUCGUUCAGUAUAUUAUGAGAAAGUGGGGUUUCGUGGGGUUGAAGAAAAGAAGUCAUUGGAAAUCCUCCUGAAAGAUGACCGUUUGGAUAUUGAGAAACUUUGUACUUUUAGCCAGAGGUUCCCUCUCCCAUCCAUGUACCGAGCAUUGGUAUGGAAGGUGCUUCUAGGGAUCCUGCCUCCCCACCAUGAGUCUCACACCCAGGUCAUGAUGUACCACAAGGAUCAGUACUGUGACGUCCUUCACGGCCUGAAAGUGAUUCGCUUCGUCAGUGAUGCCACCCCUCAGGUGGAAGUCUAUCUUCGCAUGUAUCAGCUGGAGUCUGGGAAGUUGCCUCGAAGUCCCUCCUUUCCGCUGGAGCCAGAAGAUGAAGUAUUUCUUGCCAUUGCUAAAGCCAUGGAAGAGAUGGUGGAAGAUAGUGUGGACUGCUACUGGAUCAUCCGAUGCUUCAUGAACCAGUUAAAUAACAAGUACCGGGAUUCUUUGCCACAGCUGCCAAAGGCUUUGGAACAAUACUUGAAUCUGGAAGAUGGCAGACUGCUGAGUCAUCUGAAGUCCUGCUCUGCAGUGUCCAAGCUGCCCUGCGAUCUCUGGUUCAAGAGGUGCUUUGCGGGAUGCCUGCCUGCAUCCAGCUUACAGAGGGUUUGGGAUAAAGUUGUAAGUGGAUCCUGUAAGAUCCUAGUUUUUGUAGCUGUGGAAAUUUUAUUAACUUUUAAAAUAAAAGUAAUGGCACUGAACAGUCCAGAGAAGAUAACAAAGUUCCUGGAAAAUAUUCCCCAGGACAGCUCGGAUGCCAUCGUGAGCAAGGCCAUCGACUUGUGGCACAAACACUGUGGGACCCCGGUGCAUUUGGCCUGACCCUUCCCGGGGGCUGUGGCCAAGCCUCAGGCUUGCCUUGAGCCUUCUGUUCUUGUCAGCUGACCUGCCUCACUGAUUGCAGUGGUCUUUUGCUCUGGUGCUCAAAGUGGCAUGUUUUUUCCAGUAAAAUAAUUUAAUUAAAAUACUUGGUGUUGCUGUGUUGUGGAGCAUCUUUUGGUUCCACGAGAAAUACAAAAAUUCACUUGGGAAUGGUAUUUUUAAGAGUUGUUAGAAAAUGCUUCCAGUUUGCAAAGCAGCACAGACCAGACCUGGUGGGUGGGUGCACGAGCCAGCAGUGUGGCACUCGGCUGCUCCACCCUCUCUCAUUAGCACCGAGCUGCUUCCUUUCGAAGGUCUAUUUCUGGAAUAAAGAACAACUUCCUGUUGUUGACACCCUA